AUGGCAGCGUAUUUCGAGGUCGAAGGUUAUGGUCCUGCGAAACCGCUAUUGUUAUCGAAAGAGGAUCAACGAGCGAUGGCGAUACUAAAAGGCAGCACUCGACACAUCGAUGGGCGAUAUACGUCGGGCUUGCUAUGGCGAAGCGAUAACGUUUUCAUGCCGGAAAAUCGCCACAUGGCACUGUCCCGACUAAAAUGCCUCGAAAGAAAAAUGAAGGCGGAUGAAAAUCUCACUGAGAAAAUCAACGGGAUAAUGCAAGAUUAUGUAACGAAAGGUUACGUGCGACAAGUGACGGACGAUGAACGUAAAACGUUCUAUCCUAGGAAGUGGUAUCUGCCCGUGUUUCCCGUUACUAACCCGAACAAGCCGAAUAAGAUCCGAUUGGUGUGGGAUGCGGCUGCUGAAGUGAGAGGUGUCUCACUGAACAAGAAGCUGCUGACCGGACCCGAUCUACUGACUUCGCUGCAAGCUGUGUUGUUUCGUUUUCGGGAGUAUAAAAUCGGAGUGGCGGCCGACAUUACGGAGAUGUACCACCAGGUACAAAUCGACGGCGACGACAUACACAGCCAGCGUUUCCUAUGGCGAUGGGGGAAAACUAAUGUAGAACCACAGGAAUACGUCAUGUUAAGAAUGACAUUCGGUGCAGCGUGUUCUCCUUGUACAGCGCAAUAUGUGAAGAAUGAGAAUGCCGAAAAAUAUCUUUCACAGUAUCCUCGAGCGGUACAAUGCAUUAAGGAGGAACAUUAUGUGGACGAUAUGCUGACGAGUGUGGAAACAGAAGAGGAAGCUACAGAGCUAGCGCACCAGGUGAGCCAAAUUCAUACUAACGCCGGAUUCUCUCUCCACAAUUGGCUUUCAAAUAGCAGCAAAGUAAUGAUGACGGUAAAAGGAAACCAGGAAGCCGGAAAGGAGAUGGAUUUCGAAUCGUGCCUGAAACCCGAGAAGGUGCUGGGAAUGUGGUGGGACACCACGACGGACAGCUUCAGCUUUAAGCUUUCCCGCGUAAGACACCUUGAGUUGGCACGCAAAGACAAACCGCUAUCCAAAAGGCAAAUGCUUAAAACCCUGAUGUCUAUAUACGAUCCGUUGGGCUUGAUUGCUGGUGUGCUGUUCUAUUUAAAAGUUCUUCUGCAGGAGGUAUGGCGUUGCCAGCUGAGCUGGGAUGAUGAAGUCCCCGACGAAAUACGGCGUAAAUGGGAUUUGUGGAUGGAACGAUUGCCGGAGCUAGAGAGUAUCGUGAUUCCUCGAUGCUAUCGACAGUUGGUUCCGCUUCCUGAAUUAUCCCUGCAGCUUCAUGUGUUCGUUGACGCGGGUGCUGACGGAUAUGCGGCGGUCGCGUAUUUCCGCUUCGAGUAUGAAGGAAGGAUUGAAGUAGUUCUGGUUGGAUCAAAGGCAAGAGUAGCACCACUUAAAUACUUAUCCGUUCCUAAGCUAGAAUUGCAGGCCGCCGUCAUGGGAUGCAGACUAGCCACCGCGAUAGCGGGCGCUCAUCGACAGACCAUUCAUCGCUACUGCUUCUGGACGGAUUCAACAGACGUUGUGGACUGGCUGAACGCAGAUCAUCGCAAGUACUCGGUUUUCGUAGCACACAGAAUCGCAGAAGUGCUGGAAACGACUUCGACCGACGAAUGGCGAUGGGUCCCAACCACGAUGAACGUAGCUGACGAAGCGACUAAGUGGGCCAAUUUAAAAUACAACCUUGCUUCCGAGCGCUGGUUUCAUGGGCCCGAGUUCCUGCACCUACCGGAGACGGAAUGGAAUAUACCGCAACGAGUGCCAUCGGAGACCCGUGAGGAGAGACGCAAGAAAAAAGCAGCGAAGCUGGUUGGAGUUCACGCAGUGCGCCCGGAAUUCGUCAUCUACGAAAGAUUCUCGCGUUGGACGCGUCUCGUGCGGACAAUGGCCUACGUAUGUCGGUAUGUAAAAAUCGUCAUGAAAUCCGAUUCUCGAUCUACAGGUCCACUCACCCGCGAAGAAGUACAAGCUGCUGAAAAGGUGAUCAUAAGGGAUGUACAGAGGAGUGCGUUUCCUGACGAGUUCAAGCUUCUGCAAAAGCACAAGGAAAAUCCUAACGCGACACCAUGGAAGUGCCCGAUACCUCGAAGCAGCUCCCUGUUUAAGCGAAAUCCCUACAUGGACGAGGAAGGCAUCCUCAGGAUAAGCGGAAGGAUCGACCGCUGUCAUUUCGUGGACCUGUCGACGAAGCGUCCUAUCAUUCUACCCGGUAAACACUACGUGACGGAGCUGAUCGUCGACGAUGUGCAUCGCCACUACAAGCACGGCAGCCAGGAAACCGUGGUCAACGAAGUAAGGCAACGAUACGACGUACCAGCGCUGAGAUCG